UCCCGUUAGACACGUAGAUGCUCUCUUCCCGCUGCUGACGCUUUUGCCACGUCUAUCCUAUCUAGUCUACUUCACCCCAAGAAAAAUCAUAGUCUAGUCUAGGAGCUCGAGCAUCUUGAGUACUCAGCACUCAGCGACCGACUCGCGCAACGAUGCGUGCACCCAGUCUUCACCUGGGUUUCCUCCCCCUCUCCCUCUCCCUCCUCCUCCCACUCCUCCUUUCGCUCACACUAUGCGUCUCACCAGCACUAGGAGCUGUCCUCGCGAUAGACUAUGGUACGGAUUAUAUGAAGGCUUCGUUGAUGAAGCCGGGUAUUCCGUUCGAUGUGUUGUUGAAUAAGGACUCGAAGCGGAAGAUACAGAGUUCGGUGGCUUGGAAGGGCGAGGAGAGGUUGUUUGGGAGCGAUGCAUAUAAUUUGGCCACCCGCUUCCCCAAAGACUCCUACAACUCCCUCAAAUACCUCCUCGGCGUCCCCGCCAACGCCGAAAUAGUCUCCUACUACAAAACCUUCUCCGAACCCCCCCUCGUCGCCUCCUCCCGCUUCACCGUCGGGAUCCCGAAACCCGGCGGACGCACCUGGGACAUCGAAGAGCUCAUCGCCAUGCAAUUCGCCUACGUCAAGUCCCUCGCCGAAGACGCCGCGGGCGAACGCGUGAACGAAGUCGUCGUCACCGUCCCGCCGUAUUACACCCAAUUCGAACGGGACGCGGUGGCGGAUGCGGUCGAGAUCGCGGGGCUGAGGUUGUUGACGCUGAUCAAUGACGGGACGGCGGUGGCGGUUAAUUAUGCGAUGACGAGGACGUUUGACGUUCCGGAAAGGCAUAUCGUGUUUGAUGUGGGUGCGUCGUCGACGAGGGCGACGGUCGUUACGUUUUCGACGGCGAAGGGGAAGGGGAAGGAGGUGGGCGGGACGAGCGUGGUGGUUAAUGGGGUGGGGUGGGAUAGGAUCGUUGGGGGGACGGAGAUCGAUAGGCGGUUGAGGGACGUGUUGAUUGGUGAGUUUGCGGAGAAGACGGGGAAGGAUGCGAGGAAGGACGCGAAGGCGAUGGCGAGGCUUUGGAAGGAGGCGGGUAGGGUGAAGGCGAUUUUGAGCGCGAAUAGCGAGGCGGUUGCCCAUGUCGAGAGCUUGAUGGACGAUGUGGAUUUCAAGACGAAGGUGUCGAGGGCGAGACUCGAGGCGAUGUGUGCGGACAUGAUGCCCCGCUGGACACAACCCAUCCUCGACGCGUUGGAGAUGGCGAACUUGACCAUGGGCGAUAUCAAGUCCGUCAUCAUGACCGGUGGAGCUAUGCGCACACCCAUGGUCCAGGCAGCCAUUAAAGCCACCAUCGGCGACGACAAAAUCGCGAUGAACGUCAACGCAGAUGAAGCCGCCGUCCUCGGCGCAGCCCUCCACGGCGCGUCCCUCUCCCGGCAGUUCCGCACGAAAGAUAUCCGCGUGCAGGACAUCGCGCCGUACGAUAUCCAAGCGCUCUACGAGGCCGAGUCGGGCAAGGUUGGCAGCGAUGGGAGACCUAGAGUGAUCACGACUACUAUCUUCCCGAGGGGGAGUAAGACGGAUACGAGGAAGACGUUGACGUUUAAGAGGAAGGACGAUUUUAAGAUUUCGUUCCAGUAUAAGGAUAUUCCGGCGCCUGAAUUCCCGGUCGAACUGCUCGAGGCGUCGAUCACUGGAGUCAAGGAAGCCUUCGCCAAUCUUACGGAGAUGGGUGGAUUGGACCCCGUAGUCAAAGCUACCAUCCUGCUCUCUCCAUCUGGUUUCGUAUCCGUCCCAGAAGCAGUAGUCUACGCCGACCUCAAAGACGGCUCUCUCGCAGGCAAAUUAAAAGGAUUCUUUGGUUCAGGCGAAACUUCGACUGAGGACGGUGACGAGGCGGCUACGUCUACGACUUCGGGGUCGGCGAGCAAGAGCACGCAGGCGGCGAAGGAGACGAGUACGAGUAUUCCGUUGGUUGUGGAUGUGAAGUUUACGUCUGUUGCGCCGAUGUCUGUGGAGACGAAGAAGGAGGCUCGACAACGGUUGAUCGCAGCGGAGGCCGCAGAGCUCGUCCUGGCGCAGAGGGAGGAACAGAGGAAUACGCUCGAGGGGUACCUUUACCGGCUCAGAGAUCUUCUGGAGGGAGACGAGGAUAGGCCGUUCGUGAAGUGUUCGACGCCGGAGGAGAGGAGGCGGAUCAAGGAGAAGAUGGAGGAGACGAUGGGGUGGUUCCAGCAUAAUCAGGACGAGGCGGAAACUGGCGGGUUCAUUGCGCAGAGGAGUGGGCUUGAAGCGAUGGAACGGCCGAUCCUGCACCGCUACAAGGAGAUCGAAGAAUUCCCAUCGACGCUGAACAACUCGCAGAUGUGGAACUGGCACACGCGGAUGUUCCUCACCGAAGAAAAAGCGAAUCUGGCCGCGCACGAGGCGAAUGGGACCACUGGACGGUAUACGCGCGAGGAGCUCGCGGACCUGGAGAAGACGCUGAAGGACCACGAGAGGUGGUUGAACGAGUGGGUGGAGAAGCAGAAGUCGGUGAAGAUGUAUGAGGAUCCGGUGAUUGAGACGAAGGAGAUGAAGGAGAGGGCGAAGGUGUUGGAGAUGGCGCUGCAGAAGCUGGUGAGGAAACCGAAGCCGAAACCGAAGGCGGCGAAGAAGAGUUCGAGUAGUUCGAGUGCGACGCCGAGUGGGGAGACGACGAGUAGUAGUAGUGCGGGGGCAGAGAGUACAGCGGGGCACGACGAGUUGUAAUGGAUCACGCACACAUAGAAAUAUAUCCACCACGUACUUUACCUAUAUCAUGCAUUU